GAAGUUUUGGGUUUUCAGAAUUUAAUACGGUGCAAGAUCAAGAAUGACAUAUGCUUUUCCUUGUAAAUGCUUAAUUAAAAUUUAAUUUCUGAGAAAUAUUUGAAGAUCAGAUCAAGAGGGAAAUAAAGAAAAAUAGGCAUAAAAAUAUCCAAUAUAGACUUGAGGAAAAGGGUUAUAACUAAAGGCAAAAAUGGUAAUAAGGCUCGAGUGGCUAUCAGACAUUGAUUUUUCUUGAGGAUUCCACGCAGGAUCCCAAAAUUCUUGUCUUGACCUCUGAAUGCUGAUUGGUGGACUCUGCUCCCCUCCGGUCCUUCUUUUCCUUUAAUAAAAAGAACAUAACUUGAUACUUCAGAGAUCAAAUCCCCCCCUGUAUCAAAUUAUCAAUCCACGAAGUCAACUCUUCUUUCUCUCUAAACAGAGGAUCCUCUGUUUUCUUCGGUUCCAAAAUACAGAGGACUCUGAUUUCAGAGAAACUUCAACGAUGAAACAAGAGACUCUGACAUUAGUGCUAGUGAAUCUAGCAGGGAUUAUGGAGAGAGCUGAUGAGUCAUUGUUACCAGGAGUGUACAAGGAAGUUGGUGCAGCUUUACAUACUGACCCCACUGGUUUGGGUUCAUUAACUUUGUUUCGAUCCAUUGUUCAGUCUUCUUGUUAUCCACUAGCUGCAUACCUUGCUGUGCAUCAUAAUCGUGCCCAUGUUAUUGCUCUUGGUGCUUUUCUUUGGGCAGCCGCCACUUUCCUCGUUGCCAUUUCUUCUACUUUCUUAGAGGUAGCGGUUUCAAGAGGUCUAAAUGGGAUUGGACUGGCCAUAGUCACACCUGCCAUUCAGUCCCUUGUCGCUGAUUCAACUGAUGAAAGCAAUCGUGGCAUGGCAUUUGGAUGGCUACAGCUGACAGGAAACCUUGGUUCCAUUAUCGGAGGGCUCUGUUCAGUUCUAAUAGCCUCAAGAACAUUCAUGGGAAUACCUGGCUGGAGAGUUGCUUUUCAUCUGGUUGGAAUAAUUAGUGUAAUUGUUGGUAUUAUGGUCCGCCUUUUUGCUAACGAUCCACGCUUUUCUGAUACUAAUAGCAGAGCUAAAGACCAAUCUCCCAAGUCUUUUAUCUCAGAGGUGAAGUAUCUGAUGAAAGAAGCAAAGUCAGUUAUAAAAAUUCCAUCAUUCCAAAUAAUUGUGGCUCAAGGUGUAUCUGGAUCCUUUCCUUGGUCAGCUUUAUCAUUCGCUCCAAUGUGGUUGGAGCUCAUUGGCUUCUCCCAUGAAAAAACAGCAUUUCUCAUGACUCUUUUUGUAGUUGCUGGCUCUCUUGGUGGCCUGUUUGGAGGAAAGAUGGGGGAUGUCCUAGCUAAACGCUUUCCCAAUUCUGGGAGGAUAUUUCUGUCACAGAUAAGCUCUGGUUCAGCCAUACCAUUGGCAGCAGUUUUGCUUCUUGUAUUGCCUGAUGAUCCAUCGACAACAUUCAUCCAUGGUCUGGUCUUGUUCAUCAUGGGAUUUUGCGUAUCCUGGAAUGGUCCAGCUACAAACAAAUAAGAAAUGCAAAGUAACCAUCUAGAUGGUGGCCCAGUGGUAAGAGUUUGAGACCAAGAGGUUUGCUCUCUCUGUGGUCUCAGGUUCGAGCCUUGUGGUUGCUCAUAUGAUGGCCACUGGAGGCUUACAUGGUCGUUAACUUCAGGGCCCGUGGGAUCAGUCGAGGUGCGCGCAAGCUGACCCGGACAUCCACGUUAAACUAAAAAAAAAUAAGAAAUGCAAAGUUGUUAACCUAGCAUCAUAAACCUAUCAUAAAUUUGGAAAUCAUCAAUGAGCAUGUUUUGAUUCUUUCCCUCAAUUCAUUAAAAUUAUCAUCAUGCUCUACAAUUAUUCCAAACAAUCAAAUCUAGUAAUCUCUCAUUUUAAGUUAACUAACAAGGUUAUCUUUCUACUUAAAGCAUUGGCAAUCCUAUUUUAGACUCUAGAUUUUGAUUAGGAACUGUUGUAAGUAAAUCACGCAUCUCACAUGCAUAUCAUUACUAAUUCAAUUAUAUGUAUAUGGGAAUUUCAAUGCCUCAUGAUCACAUAAUAGAGCACAAAUCCCUUGCUUAUCAGGUAAUGCUUUCAUUUCCUCAUAGUCCUAAAAAUAGUUUAGAAUGCACGAGUCUCUUCUCUCUUGAAACAAUACAAUUAUAAUCCCUACAUUAUAAGCAUCACAUUCAACCUCAAACAGUUUGUCAAAAUUUAAAAGUGCUAAAAUUUAAGAGAUGCUUAACUUUUCUUUAGGGGUGUUCACGGUCCAGUUCGGUCCGGUUUUAACCAAAAAAUUCAACCGAACCGGAAAAUAGCAUUCCUGGUUAAUAUAACCCGAACCGAACUGAGAACCGGUUCAAACCGAACCGGUUUUGUUCGGUUCGGAUUGGUUUUCUAACAUUAAAAAUCAGAAAAACCAAAAUGUUUUUGCUACUUCCAUUCUUGCAAGGCAACCAUGAAAUAAACCAGAGAACAAGAGGCUGAUUUGCCACUCACAAUAAGCGUCUCAAUCAACGAGAUUCUAAUAAGAACCGGUUUGACCUGCUUGUUCGCUAAAGCCUGUCACGUUAGGCCAACGAUCUUUUUUCAAGAGAUGAGCGGCAUGGUAUAAGGCUCGACUCACUUAUAGGAGAAGUGACCAUAAAAUAAACCAAAGAUUUAAUGUUAACAUAUGAGAGAGAAGAGCACAAAGAGGA